AUGGCAAUCGCUCAGCCGACUUCCAAUAUGUUGCCUUCACUGCCCGCCAAUAGACGAGGAAUAUCCCAGGUCGCGUCGCCUCUCCCUCUUACAACAACAAACCGCCAACUCCACGACCACAAUCAACGGCCGGUUGAUCUCAAGAAUAAUCGCAAACACUCGAUUGUUUUGAAUAUGGAUCGCAAUGAUCGAGCGAGUUUCUCUAGUAUCAAGGAAGGGGAUUCGGGAGUCGCGCAGACUUUUACGACGACGAAGACGUCCAGCUAUUUGCAUAAAUCAUACACGCCCUCCGCCGAGGACGAAGAGGCUAUUCAAGAUGGAUUCGUGACACCGCCGGAUGGAAUGUCGGGGCUUCAGAUGCAGCAGCCGACUAUGCUUCACCCGUAUGUGUGUCCUUGCGAUCAUUUCCAGGGAUGGAAGAAAAUCAGUCUGGGAGGGAAGACAAAGAACAAGAGCUUUGGAGAUUUGAGAGCUUUGGGACAUCGAUGGGCAUGGGACUCAAAUGAGUCGACAACGACGGUCCCGGACGCGAACGAGAAGACCGUCGAUUCCGGAGUGGCGAAAAUCGAGGGCCAAUAUCCGCCUGGUCAGGCGCCUAUAGAAUUGCUACCUAUGGAAUUACUUGGCGCUAUCAUUGACCAGCUGGCCACUGAUAUCCCUCCAAAUGGGUUCACAGCGCGGAAUAUCGAUUUGAUGUCAUUGCUUUUGACAUCACGGGGAAUGCAUGCUGCGACGCUGUCGACGCUUUACAAUAACAUUACGAUUCCGCAUUCUAGGAUCUUUCGGAAGUUCCUCUCGCAUGUUUCGGAGUAUCCGGCGCUGGGGACGAUUGUGAGGAGGAUUGAUUUUUCGCACUUUAAUCCGACGGGAGCGGGGAUUACGGCGAGAGAGCGAGCGCAGACUCAGAAUCUUAUUCCGGCGACGUUACUUCAGUGUCUGCAGUUGACGCCGAAUCUGAGGGAGUUCUUGGCUCAGGAGCAUAUUGAUGACGAUCUGGAUGAGAAAGUCAUCAAGACGCUUCUUUGCGACUUGCCUAAGCUCAAGGCGCUAGACUUGUGUGCUUGCUCAUCUAGUUCGUUCAGAGAUGCAUUUAACGCGGUUAUUGAAGCUACACCAUCUCCGAUUCCUGAGACUCUUCCAAUCACCCGAUUGAGCUUCCACGAAUGCACUGUUUUGUCAGCCGCUACAUUUUCCACCCUCCUCCCACGACUACCUCACCUAACUCACUUGGAUGCUGCACACACUCGCAUCACAGACAACGCUCUAUUCUCGAUCCCACAAACCGCCAAACUCACUCACCUAAACCUAAGCAAAUGCUCUCUUCUCUCCGGCUCCGCAGUAGUCCACUUCCUCACCAACCACCCCGCCGCCAAAACCCUCGUCUACCUAAACCUAGGCAUGGACGUAAAAUCCCACGAAAUGCUCACCAGCGAAGAACUCACCUCCCUCCUCCCCAUCCUCCCCACAACCCUCAAAUCCCUCUCUCUCAAAGGCAGCAAGAUGAACAGCGACCACCUCCCGCUUCUCCUACCCCUCACCAAACACGUCGAAGAGCUCGGACUAGGUCGCUACCUUGACCUCAACGACCUCACUCAGCUCUUCGUCCCGAAUGAAAAACUGCCCAUCGAAACACAACUCGCGUGGACACCGCACUCCAUCCACUACGUCGACGUAUCCGAUCUCACGCUCGCUCAACUCGAUCUCAGCACCCUCUUCGGCAUGCGCUGUCCGGUUCUCAAAUCGACCGCCUCCCCGCUAGAGGUCCUGGAGAUCUCAGCCGAGGUCUUCAAGAAACUCGAGAAGAGCCCAGCAAUGAUCAAGCGCGUGGGAUGGACGCUUAAGGAUGCCGGAAGACGGUAUUGGCUUGUGAGGGUUAAGGGGCCUGAGGAGCAGGCUGCGGAUAGUGGUGCGAGGGAGUGGAAAUGGGGCGCGCAGUAUUGGGGCAUGAGGAAGGUGCCGGUGGCCAGGGCGGAGGUGGGCGGGAUGUAUGGGUUGUAUAUGUUUAAGCGAUGA